AAUGUGAAAUUACAUUUUUCACACAUGAUACAAGGUUGCGAAAUUAAAUGACACAUUUGCGAAUUAUGAUACAAACUUGCAAAAUGAACUAACACAUUUGUUUAUCGGAUCUCAAUAUGCGACCAGGAAAUUCAACAUGUGUGUACUUUUAGUAUCCGGUGUCCCAAACCUUCCUCGAGGACAGUUGGACUGCGCGUGCGCGCCGUGCUGCCAGCCCACGCGCGGUCCGGAGGCGGUAGUGACGCCUGACUGAAAUACAGCAGCAGAAAACAAGAUGUCACCCAGCAGGGUCUGAGCAAAAACAAAACAUUUGAUCGGCUUUUUUUAUUAUCGCAGAACAAGGACUAUGAGACAGAUCAUUCAUAGAAGGUUGUAGUCUCUGAGGACUGAGCAGCUGACCUGAGGACCCCCCCCCCUACACCCUCACCCCUAGUCCAGAGGGCGAGAGCAGCCACUACAGCCACCAUGGUGCUGUCACAGAGACAACGAGAUGAACUAAACCGAGCGAUAGGAGACUACCUCCGCUCAAACGGCUAUGAAGAAGCCUAUUCCACCUUCAAGAAAGAGACGGAGUUAGAUAUGAAUGAGGAGUUAGAUAAGAAGUACGCUGGUCUUUUGGAGAAGAAAUGGACCUCUGUCAUCAGAUUACAGAAGAAGGUGAUGGAGCUGGAGUCUAAGCUGAACGAGGCCAAGGAGGAGAUGACUCUAGGGGGUCCUGUGGCCCAGAAGAGGGAUCCUAAGGAGUGGAUCCCCCGUCCCCCAGAGAGAUACGCCCUAAGCGGCCACCGCUCCCCCGUCACACGGGUUAUCUUCCACCCGGUCUUCUCUGUCAUGGUCACUGCUUCUGAGGACGCCACCAUCAAGGUGUGGGACUAUGAGGCAGGGGACUUUGAGCGGACACUGAAGGGUCAUACAGACUCUGUCCAGGACAUCUCCUUUGACCAGACGGGCAAGCUGCUGGCCUCCUGCUCUGCAGACAUGACCAUCAAGCUGUGGGACUUCCAGGGCUUUGAGUGCAUCCGCACCAUGCACGGUCAUGACCACAACGUGUCUUCUGUAGCCAUCAUGCCCAAUGGAGACCACAUAGUCUCUGCCUCCAGAGACAAGACCAUCAAGAUGUGGGAGGUGGCCACUGGGUAUUGUGUGAAGACAUUCACAGGCCACAGAGAAUGGGUGAGGAUGGUCCGGCCCAACCAGGAUGGUUCUCUUAUCGCCAGCUGUUCCAACGACCAGACGGUGCGUGUGUGGGUGGCCGCCUCCAAGGAGUGUAAGGCUGAGCUGCGGGAGCACGAACACGUGGUGGAGUGUAUUGCCUGGGCCCCCGAUACCGCUCACCCCACUAUCCUGGAGGCUACUGGCUCAGAGAGUAAGAAGAGUGGGAAGCCCGGCCCAUUCCUUCUCUCCGGCUCUAGAGAUAAGACCAUCAAGAUGUGGGACAUCAGCACUGGCAUGUGCCUUAUGACUCUGGUGGGUCAUGAUAACUGGGUGCGUGGUGUGUUGGUGCACCCUGGAGGCAGGUUCAUAGUGAGCUGUGCUGAUGAUAAGACUCUGAGGAUCUGGGACUACAAGAACAAGCGCUGCAUGAAGACCCUGUGUGCCCACGAACACUUUGUUACCUCUCUGGAUAUGCACCGGACUGCUCCCUACGUGGUGACUGGCAGCGUUGAUCAGACAGUCAAAGUGUGGGAGUGUCGCUGAGUCUGCCUGCUACCUCCCUCUCCUCAUCUUCCUCUCUACCCUCCAACCACAGCCCUAUACACCCCCCCCAAUCUCCUGCUCUUCUCUUCCAGAAGCAGCAUUAGUGCUCCCCUAAAUAGCAGCCACUCCUCCCCUACUCACCACCUCUAUCCUCCAACCACAGCCCUAUACCCCCUCCUACCCACAAUCCAACACUUUCUCUCUGACACUCACCUAAGCCCAACCUCUCGCACUCUAUACCAUUGUUAUCCAGGCUUUGCCCCUCAUCUCCCGGCCCUGUUUUAAAAUAAAUAUUGAUUGUCCUUUUAUGUAAAUUAUUCUGGAUGUAGAGUAUGCUUAAUAAAUAUUACACACACAUUCUCUCGCACACACACACUAAAAGAAAAAAAUCAGUAUUCCUUGGCUAGUGAUUUCUCAAAAAACGUGCAUACUGUAAAUUUGCCAUGACAUGGGGGUCAAAGGGUAAAUGGUUCCUGUGUCCUUCCCCAGUGGAUGCUGGGUAAUUGUGACUGUGCACAUAAACCAAUCACGUCUGUUCUUUAAGGGUUUGGUUUGGGUUUUAUUUAGUUUCUUCCUGCCACUGUUAUUCUGACGCUACCUAGGAGAGAGAGAAGAGUGUGAAAGGAAGAAAAUUGUGACUUGAGGAGUAGAAUAAGAGAUGAAUGGUAGUGUCUGUGCGUACUUUGUGUAGUCUGUGUGUAUGGCGGUAGAGAAUAGAGGUUGUGUGUGUGGAGGCAAGGCAUUCUGUCCCACUGUUUAUACUCCCUCUCACUUACUGGUAACUGACUGGCUUCAAGUAGAUACUCGCAAGGCUCUUAAAGAUCCCUAUGCUGUAAAGAACACACACAAAUGAAGACUUUAUCUCGCUCCGUCAUACACACACUUCAAGGAAGAUGCAUAGGUGAGCAGACUCUUAUAUUUGUGUUACACACACACCAAAUACAUACACAAACUUCUGCUGUUGUGUGUCCCAAGAGCACCCCAUGCCCACUCAUUCUCUGCUGUGUCUGCCUUGUUAACCCUCUUGAGGUGUCCCUCACCAAGGGAUUUCCUUCUGCUUUCUGAACUCUUACUGCUCUAUUUGUCACAUACUCACACAGAUGCACAUAAGCACAGUAAACUUGUGUUCCAAUAUAUCUGUAUGUGAUUGUUUGCAACAUAAAAAUAUCUGUAAAUAUAAUAUUGGCCUUGU